AUGCAAAAGCGCUCUCUUUCACCCAAGAACCACCGUGUCUUUGAUCCGUGGAACUCGGCUUCAUCGGGCCACCAGCGCGCGGAUAGUGGAUAUCUCGGCACGACGCGAUGGCGUGACACGCGCAUUGCUAAGUUGAAACAGCAGUUUGGCGGGGAGGAGUGCACGCAUGAGAAACUGGGAGUAUUAGGGGAUGCGGAUUUUGCGCAGGACGGGUGCGAUGGAGGAGGGGAUUGGAGAGUUGGAGGGAAUGAUGAGACGAUGAGCAUGGUCGUUGAUGCGGCUGGGAAGGAGGGGAGAGGCAAGUGGGAGUGGAUUUCGGAUGAGGAGGCGAAGAGGUUGGAGUUGGGGGUGAGAGAUAUUCGGUGUUUUAUGGGGGUUGGGAAGAGGAAGUCUGGUGGUGGUGGGGAUGGGCAGGCUGGGAAGAAGAGGAUGUUUGAUGAAGAUGAGAUCAAAGAGGUCAAGGACGCGAAUGAGAGAGAUCAGACGAUCGUUCCGGAAGCCAAAGAGCAGCUCGGUGAGAAGAAGAGAAAGAAACCGAGAAUGUUUGAUGAUGUGGAAAGUGUCGUGAUCGAUCGUCCCGCGGAGAUUUCCGUUUCGACGACAACUGCAUCGCCAGCAUUACCGCCACCACCACCAGAUCAUGAGUCCAAAUCACACAUCAAGCCUCAAAACCUCUUGACGAAUCUGUCAAAUCCACUUUUCAGCCCUUCUAUACCCUCCUCCAUACGAGCCAACGACAAAACCCACCCUCCUUCCUCGAAAAUCUUCCACGGAACAACCAUCUACAUCAACGGCUCAACCUUGCCUCAAAUCUCCGACCACAAGCUCAAGUCCCUCCUCGCCGAAAAUGGUGCAACCGUAGCCAUUGCCAUGGCCCGAAGGAGCGUCUCCCAUAUCAUCAUCGGUCAACCCGGAGUAGCAGGCCAGGGAUGUGGCGGCGGUCUUGCGGCGCGAAAGUUGCAGGGGGAAAUUGAACGAGGCGGAUGGAAAGGUGUAAGGAUUGUUGGAGUUGACUGGUGA